UGAGAAUACUGAUUUUCCUGGGCUAUGUGCUUUUCUGCAGUGCGGACUAUUUGUCCGACAGAGCAGACUUAAUAGAGAGCAGUUUAAGCAGAAGCAUCGGGAACUCACUUACGCUCACAGACGACGAAAGUCAGGUAAACGAUAUACUUAUGCAAUUGAAGCAUCAAGAGUUAGAUGAAGGUUUCGCGAAUCCCAAACGGUUUUUGCCCGCUCAACCGUUUUUCGAAGUCAGAGACAACAUCACCAAUAACGAGGUGUUUAAAUUCCUGAAAAAAAUUCCCAAAGGCGCCGCCUUGCACGCUCACGAUCUGUUCAUGGUGUCCGAUGACUUUUUCUUCAACAUGACGUUCAAAUACGCGGAUAACUUGUACGUAUUCGAUAAUCCCCCGAACGAGAUACAAGUCGGAUUCUUUAAUGUCGGCGAGCAGCCGAAUUCGUCGUGGAUUCUCAUUUCCGAAGCCAGAGCGAAUAGCCAAACGUUCGAUGCACGUUUGAGAAGUCAGCUGACGUUGGUCGUACCGAAUCCAAAGGUCGUCUACAACGACACUGACGACGUUUGGAACAAGUUCAGAAGCACCUUUGCCACGUCCAUGCCGUUGAUUACGUUUCAACCUGUAUUCAAAGACUGCUUUUAUCAAGCCUUGAGGGAACUAUACGAGGACAACGUGAAGUACUUGGAGUUUAGAGGAAUGUUUCCGCAACUCUACGACUUGGAGAACACCACGUACGAUCGCACUACUCUCAUGCAACUGUAUAUCGACACCACUCAGGAGUUUAUCAGCAAUUUUAGCGACUUUUUGGGAACCAGGUUUAUUUACGGUCCCGGCAGGAAGGUUAACAGUUCUGUCGUUCAACAGUACGUCGACGACAUUUUGGCAAUCCAGGAGCAGUUUCCAGAUUUCGUCAUUGGGUUUGAUUUAACGGACCAAGAGGAUUUAGGGAAUCCGCUGAUCGAUUUCAUUCCGCAACUGCAGCAACUGCAAAAUCAGACAAACGUCUUCUAUCACGCCGGCGAAACCGAUUGGUUCGGACAGUCGUCAGACUUGAACCUUUACGAUGCUAUUUUGCUGGGCACGAAAAGAAUAGGGCACGGGUUCGCCAUCUUAAAACAUUCCCUCCUAAUGGAAAUGGUCAAGUCGCAGGGCAUAGCGAUCGAACUCAGCGCCGUAUCUAAUUUGGUUGGCAUUCUAGUCAACGAAGCUAGGAAUCAUCCGGCGAACUAUUGGAUCGCCAACGAUCUACCGGUGGUGAUUUGCCAGGACGAUCCGACCAUAUGGGGCACCAAAGGCGUGAAUUACGACUGGUAUCUGGUGUUUAUGGGGAUGACGCAUAGAGACAACGACCUCAGGACUCUGAAGCAACUGGCGAUAAACUCUAUCCAGUAUAGCGCGAUGACCGACGAUCAGAAAAGUGCCGCCAUAGAUCAAUGGCAAGCCGAUUGGGAUCAGUUUAUUCAAGACGUUUUGGCCGAUUCGUAGCGUCGAAAACACAAUUUUUAUUUUCUCAUUAAAAGUUAAUAAA